AUGUCUACUGAUCAUCAAGAUUAUAACUGGAGAGCAUGGAAUGCUGAUUGGAAGGUGUGGUGGGGAGACAAGUUGGGAAUGGAUGGUCUAAAGCAAUCGGGUCUCGAAGACAAGAAGAAACAUAUUGAAUCCGUUAAAGCCAAGCCAAGAAUGGAGAAGAGUGCCAGCUUUGAGGAUGCUGCAAAGUUUGGAGUCAACGGAGCUACACACAACACUGGCAAGGCCCCAAUGAUCUCCAACCCAUACUUCCCCGAGGCCAAACGUCCAACCUAUGAGAGAAACAAAUAUGAUGACGAGUUAUUGAAGAAACAACAAUUACAAGAUAAGGUUGGAUCUGGUAAUGCA